CCCUAUCUUGAGGAGGAGGAGGAAAUGUGUCCACGAGAGGCAAAUUAUCCACAUUGCUUUGAGCACAAUGAAGAUGCGCUGACCAAACGGCGUGUCACCUUCGCGCCCUGUUCAAGCCACACUCAUUCAUGCCCAGAUUCAGGCUACCCGUCAAGCCAGCCCCCUAUUAGUUCGUCUGUAGAUGGGACGGUGCCUUCAGGGACCCAGAAGACUGGUAGGCGUCUCAGACGCUCCAAUUCGACGCCGUCAGCGGGACCAGAUUACCUUUUGCCGCUGAUGUUCUUUCUUGUCUGCCCAGCAGUCAUUAUUCUAUUCUCGUUUUUACUGAUUCCCUCCACAUGGAGCAAGCUAUGA